GCGGAGCGGUGGCGCGGGAGGCGGGGAGCGCGGCGGGGACAGCGGGGACGGCGGGCGCCGGGGACGGCGGCGGCAUGCGGCUCCUCGCGCUGCCCAUCGCGGGCUGAGACGCCGCAGUCCGGCGGGAAGCGCGGCGGCCGCGAGCGGAGGCGCAGCGAGCGGGACAGACCGUGGACAGCGCCCGGGGGCCGCGCCAUGGGCCGAGCUGGGGGCGGGGGCCCGGGCCGGGGGCCGCCGCCGCUGCUGCCGCUCCUGGCGGCCACGCUGGUGCUGGUCGCCGGGGCCGCGCCGGCGCGUGAGGCUGGCAGCGCCGUCGAGGGGGACGAGCCCGCCCCGACCACCGUCGCGUGGGAGCCGCGUGCCAACGACACGCGGGAGCAGGGCCCGCCGGGAGCCGGGGAGGAGGCGGCGGCCUGGACGGCGCCCGGCGGCGAGCGCGCCCCGGGGGGCCCGGGGGUCGGGCCGGAGGACGCGGUGGAGGCGUCGGCGGCCGUGACGGGCGCGGCCUGGCUGGAGGCUGACGGCGCGGGCCCGGGCGCGGCCACGGCGGAGGCGGGCAGCGGGGACACGCAGGCCCUGCCCACCACGGCCCCGGCUCCGGGCGAGGCCCCUGGGCCGUCCUCGGCGCCGCCCGCCCCUCCCGCAGCCACUGCGGCCGGACCGCCCGCCCCGACCGCCGGCCACCAGCCGAGCCCAGGCCCCGAAGGCCCCCAGCAGCGCCCCGCGGAGGUUUGGCCGGACCCGGGAGGCAGCGCGCCGGAGCCUCGGGGGCCAGAGCCCACGUCCCCGCUCCCGGGCGCCCCGGAGCUCCACCCGGGCCCCGACGCCAUCGACCUCGACUACUUCGAGGGGCUGGACGGCGAGGGCCACGGCGCCGACCUGGGGAGCUUCCCGGGGCCGCCAGGGGCCUCCGAGCGCCACCCCGACGACGGGGGCGAGACCCCCUCCUGGAGCCUGCUGGACCUGUACGACGACUUCACCCCCUUCGACGAGUCCGACUUCUACCCCACCACGUCCUUCUACGACGACCUGGAGGAGGAGGAGCAGGAGGAGGAGGAGGAGGAGGGCAAGGAGGCCGCCGGCGGGGGACCCCGGGACGGCCCCGGCGACCUGGUGCCCAGCGAGAGGCCCCGGCCCGGCACCGGCCAGCCCCCCCGCUGGUGGCACGCGGGCCCCCCCCAGCACACCCUGGGCAUGGCCCCCGGGGGCAGCAUCGCGCUCAGGCCCCGUCCAGGGGAGCCCGGCAGGGACCUGGCCCCCGGCGAGAACGGCACCGCCUGCCGCAGCGGCUUCGUGCGGCACAACAGCUCCUGCCGGUCGGUGUGCGACCUGCUCCCCAGCUACUGUCACAACGGCGGCCAGUGCUACCUGGUGGAGCACCUCGGGGCCUUCUGCAGGUGCAACACCCAGGACUACAUCUGGCACAAGGGGACGCGCUGCGAGUCCAUCGUCACCGACUUCCAGGUGAUGUGCGUGGCCGUGGGCGCGGCCGCCCUGGUGCUGCUCCUGCUCUUCAUGGUGACCGUGUUCUUUGCCAAGAAGCUGUACCUGCUCAAGACGGAGAACACCAAGCUGCGCCGGACCCACAAAUUCCGGACGCCGUCUGAACUCCACAACGACAACUUCUCCCUUUCCACCAUUGCCGAGGGCUCGCACCCAAACGACGACCCCAGCGCCCCCCACAAAAUCCAGGAGGUCCUCAAGUCCUGCCUGAAAGAGGAGGAGCCCUUCAACAUUCAGAACUCGCUGUCGCCCAAGCUCGAGGGCCGCGGGGACCCGGCGGAGCUGGAGGCCAACUGUCUUCAGAACAACUUGACCUGAGGAGGGAGGGGCGAGGAGGGGGGCGGGGCGGGGGAGGAGGGCAAGGUCGCUCCUUUGUAGCUGUUGGUCCAGCUUUUCCUUUUCUGUCUCAUGGCAUGCUUCGUGUGUGUUGCACGGGAGGGAGACACAGUCAGCCAGGAGCCGAGCAGAAUCGCGUCCCUGGGUGGUUGUCUGUGCGUCUGUCUGUCCAUCGCUUCUGCUGCUGUGGUUUCUAAGCCUCUGCUGUUAUUCAACUGACUUUUUCUUUUUGUACUUGGAUCCACCUUUUUUUGAAAUACCAGUAAAAACAACAAAAGUUCUUGAAAUAAAACUUUUUAAAAAGCCA